GAGCUGCAGUGCAGACAGGAAGCUGCUGCUGGUUCUCCUUCAUCAACAACACUUCCUGUUUCUCUCAGUGGGGGGGUGGACCGUCACUCCCAUGAUGCAUUGCUGUCGGAGGUGACGCGGCUGCAGGAGGCUCUGCAGGAGGUUAGGAAGCAGGUGGAGGAUCUGUCGGAGCGUCAGGAGAACCAAGAACACCUGGAGAACCAAGAACACCUGGAGAACCAAGAACACCUGGAGAACAUCCAGCAGACGGUUUCAGAGUUGGUCUCCGCUCAGGUCCGGGAGGAGGUCCGGGUCCUUCUGUACGGGAACCAGCUGACUGUAGGGGGCGGGGCUUCAGGAGAUGACUCUGCCCCCCCGCAGCCCCUCCUUCAGUGGCUGCAGCAGCACUAUGUGAGCCAGGCCGACCUGCAGGGGUCGCUGUCCUCUUUGGAGACCAGAGUCCUGCAGGACAUCAGAGACCUGCAGAACAUCAGCAGAGAGCAACUCAGAGAGGACGGACUGAACCAAGCAGGGACCACGGGGGGGGAAACCACCGUCACUAAGGAGGAGGUGCGUGAGAUGGUGCAGGACGCGCUGAGGAUCUUCUCUCAGGAUCGAACCGGCCGUGCAGACUACGCCCUGGAGUCCGGAGGGGGCAGCAUCCUCAGCUCCAGAUGCUCUCAGACCUACGAGACCAAGACGGCGCUGCUCAGUCUGUUCGGACUUCCUCUCUGGUUCUUCUCCCAGAGCCCCCGCGCCGUCAUACAG